AUGACAAUUUUAUUGCAAGUGACUGAAAAUUAUGCAGUUGAUUGGGAAGAUGUUGUGGCGAUCGUUUGCUUAGUAUUGGCUGUGGUUCUCUGUCUAUUAAAUUUUUUUAAAUUCAGAAGUAAUUUAAAAAUUGCAUUGAUCCUGAUAGCAAUAACACUUCCACUGUGGUCUGGGAAUAUCUAUUUUAUGUGUUGCAAAAUGGAAAUUAAGUUAGAAUGUUACAUUUUAAUUGGCUUCAUCAUUCUGGAAGACUUGGUAGCAAUUAUCUUCUGCGUCUUCACCAAAAGAUUUAAACAAAUAGUGGAUACAGUCUUGCUGUCAAUAUCGGCAGCUUUUCUAAUAACUGGAGUAGUUUUGUUUUUUGUAGAUCAAAGUAGUGAACUUUUGUCUGCAUUGGCUGGAGGCUUUUGGAACACUUCUGUUGUUAUUUUGGCUUUGAUUUACGCCAGCUUCUUGAAGUAA